AUGACAAGUAUCGACACGCCCGCCCACUAUGACCACCGCCAGCACAAGCAGCAGCUGCGCGGAUGGCUGAGCUACGCAUUCGCCAGCGAAGUGUUUGUGAUUGUGUCGCUGACGCUGUUCCUGCCGAUAUGUCUGGAACAGUUCGCUAGAGACAAUGGCUUUGUGGCGCCAGGCCUCACCGAGCCCUGCACAGCAGUCAAAUCGACUCCAACGACAAACACAGACCCCGAGGCAGAUUCACGAUGCCUAGUGAAGCUUGGCUGGCUCUGGAUCGACAGCGCCAGCUUUAGUCUGUAUGUCUAUUCUAUCUCUGUCGCCCUACAAGCCAUCACCGUCAUCUCCAUGGGUGGAAUUGCUGACCAUCCGCCUCAUCGCAAGCGGCUCCUCCUGGGCUUCGCAUCCCUCGGCUCACUUUCUGCCAUUCUCUUCCUCGCCCUCCCCUCGUCCUCCCCCGUUUGGCUGCUCGUCGCCCCGCUCGCAGUUUGCGCCAACGUUGGGUUCGGCGCCUCCAUCGUCGCGCUGAACGCAUACCUUCCCUCCCUCGCGCGCGGCACGCGCGAAGUCGUCACCGCCCAUGCCGCAUUCUCCCACCUCAGCGAAGCUGGUAGCCUUCACGAGCACGAACGCUUGUCAUCCUUGGACGACGCUGCCGAGGCGCCGCUCUUACAGGAGCCCGGCGUGUUCCAGGUCAGCGCGGAAGCCCUUGCGGCGAAGCUCGCUCACGAUAUCGCACUAUCGAGCGCGACGGCGCGCAUAUCCUCACAGGGCAUCGCCCUCGGCUAUGCAGCAGGCAUCACGAUGCUGCUGCUUGCGCUUGUGCCGGUGACGAAGCUCGGAGGGUCGACGUUCGCGCUGCGCCUCGCGGUAGGCCUCAGUGGGAUCUGGUGGGCGCUAUUUUCUCUACCUGCUGCGCUGUGGCUUCCUGGGGCGUCUGCUGCAGUAUUGGAUGGUGAAGAGGGUGAGGAAGGGGGAGAGGGCCGCAUCAAGUGGAGUAUGUGGGCGGAAAUAGGAAAGGCGUGGAAAAGGCUUGGAGGGAUGUUGCGCUGGAGAGAGAUCAAGCGGCUCAAGAACACGUUCAUCUACCUCGCCGCAUGGUUUCUACUCUCUGAUGGUUUCACAACGAUCACGUCGACCGCGCUGCUGUUCGGUAAGACGACGCUGCACAUGUCACCGUCCGCGCUCAUCCUCAUCGGCGUGCUCACGCCGAGCGCGGGCAUUCUCGGCUCACUCGUAUGGCCCGCACUGCAGCGGCGCAUGGGCUGGACGAAUCUGCGCGUGCUCGUCCUGCUUGUGGUGAUGGCAUCGCUCAUCCCUGCGUACGGGUGCCUCGGGUUUCUGCCGGUGUUUCAGCAUGGCGCACGCGUGGGCGGGCUGACAACGUGGGGAGAGAUGUAUGUGCUCGCGGUGUAUUUCGGCUCAGUAUAUGGAGCGUUCCAGGGGUAUGCACGCGCCUUCUAUGCGGAACUCAUACCUCUUGGCGAAGAGGCUCGAUGGUAUGGCCUUUUUUCUAUCACAGACAAGUCGAGCUCCUUCGUGGGUCCUCUGGUAGUAGGACUUAUCGCAGAUACGUCCGGCAAUAUACGCUACGCGUUCUUCUUCUUAGUGGCUAUGGUGUGGCUGGCAGUGCCCAUAUUGACGAGUGUCAACGUAGAGCAAGGAAGGGAGGAUGCGAAGAGGUAUGUGUAUCCUGGCGAGCGGUGA